AUGUCAUCGUUUAUCACUCGCGCCGAAAGAUCAGGAAAUAUUUUCUCUCGUGUUACCGGACUCAUCCGCGCUGGACAGCUGAGUUGGGCUGAUAGACCAUUAUGGUAUGACGUUUACAUCUCGUCACCGCCACUAUCACCACCGGAUUGGAAUGUGAAGUUACCUAAGUUUGAUCAACCAAUUCGCCCGAUAUUUUACGAAGAGGACGUUCUCAGAGCGAAAUUCUAUAAAACGUAUCGAAGCACAGCUGGUAUUCAAGUGGAUAGUUCAAGAACAAGUGUCUCGCAGCAAUUCAUCAACGAGUACAAGCUAGUGAAAUCAGAGAAUGCCAGUGCAACGCCAGAAGAAUUGUUCGAACUGACGACAAAAAGACUCAACGAGAAUGGAAUUAUGUUGAAGUAA